UCUUCUACCAACCUUACACAUCCCAGCACAACUAGCCCACCAUGCAGCGCCUCCCGGCCGAGACCUCGGACCGCAUCGCGACGUCGGCGUACCGCGCCAAGAAGCAGCUCGCAGAGCUCACCGGCAAGGACGUUGAGGAAGAGGUUGUGAACCCGCAUGUGCCAGACUUUAUCGCCAAGGCGCCAUGGUGGGCGGACACGGGUAGCGGCGCGGCGCCCAACAUGGCGCAUCAGCGUAAGGACACGUCGUUGAAAUCGACCAUCAACCAGUGGUACGACCGCGGGAGCGCGGGUCCCGUAGCGUCAAAGUAUCGGAAGGGGGCUUGCGAGAACUGCGGCGCGAUGACGCACAAGCGGAAAGAUUGUGUCGAACGCCCGCGCAAGCGCGGCGCAAAGUUCACAGGCAAGAACAUUGCCGCGGACGAGGUGGUACAGGCCGUACCGCGAGACUUCGACGCCAAGCGCGACCGCUGGAAUGGGUACGAUCCGAGCUCGUACAAGGCGGUCGUAGAGGAGUACGAGGCGGAGGAGGAGGCGCGGCGAGCGGUGCGUGAGGCGGAGCUCGCGGCUGCCAAGGUGGAGGAAAAGAAGAAAGAGAAGAAGGCAGACGACGACGAAUUCGGAAGUGACGAUGACGACGAUGAGGACGUUCCCGAAGCGGCGUAUGCCGAGCAGGCGGACCAGGUCGGGCAAAAGUUCGACACGAAGACUCGUAUGACGGUGCGCAACCUGCGUAUCCGUGAGGACACAGCAAAGUAUCUCCUCAACCUCGAUCCCGAGAGUGCGCACUACGAUCCGAAGACGCGCGCAAUGCGCGACGCACCAGAGGUCGGCAAGAAGCCAGAAGACAUGCGCUUCGCGGGCGACAACUUUGACCGCUACUCGGGCGACGCGACCAACAUGCAGCGUCUGCAGCUGUUUGCGUGGCAGAGCGCGCAGCGCGGACACAACGUCAACAUGCACUCGAACCCGACGGCCGGCGAGUUGCUGCACCGCGAGUUCAACGAGAAGCGCAACGUUCUCAAGGACACGACCAAGCAGAGCAUCCUUGAGAAGUACGGCGGCGAAGAGCAUCUCGAGCGCAUGCCAGCAGAGCUGUUGGGUGGUCAGACGGAGCAUUACGUCGAGUACUCGCGCACUGGUGAGGUGGUUAAGGGUAUGGAGAAGGCAAAGGCUCGCUCCAAGUACCAAGAGGACGUGUACACCAACAACCACACCUCCGUAUGGGGCUCGUGGUUCGACCGCGAAUCGGGCGCCUGGGGUUACGCAUGUUGCCACUCGCUCAUCUCGGGCUCGUACUGCACCGGCGAGGCAGGCAAGCUGGCGAACGAGGCGUCGUCGGCACAAGCCCUGUUGAACGCGCAAGGCGGAGCGGAGGAGGAAGAGGAGGCGCCCGUCAAGAGUCUUGUCGAGCUGCACCGCGAACGGAUGGCCAAGGGCGAGGUCGUUAGCUCGGAUAAGGGCAAGGGCAAGGAGAAGGGCGAGUUUGCGAGCUACGAUGACGACCCGGAGGCGAUUGCGCUUGACAAAGCGCGGCUCAAGACUGCGAUCCAGCUCGAGAAGAAGCGCAAGGCUCUUGGCGAGGAGGAGGCGUGGGAAGCGAGCAAGAAGGCCAAGCAGGACGUUACGAAGGAGGAGCUCGAGGCGUACCGUCUCAGCCGGCAGGCCUUCGACGACCCAAUGGCCAACUACAAGGACGAGUCAUAGGCAUCUUUACGCAGAGCGAGACGUGGUGGGGUAUGAGUGCGAGACUGUAUCCAUGUAUCGUGUACUAUUG